AUGAAGGGCUUCAUCGGCGGAAUCCCUGUGGCACUGCUGGCAGUUGCUGCCCAGGCCAAGUUUGUUCAAGAGCGUAAUUCCCAGCCUGGUGGUACUGCUAUCGGAGGUCCUUCUGGUGAUGAUGCCGACGAUGGCUUCGUUAGCCCUUAUUCCGUUGACAUCGAGACCAAUACUCAGAUCAACGAGUGGAGUAAGGAUGAUCACUCCAUCAAGCUGAAGCACACGGAUGUGUACCCUGGCCCUACAGUAGCGCCUGUGGCGUUUUCCGGCCCCCAGGUCCCUGGAAUGGGACCAUUUGGAAAGGGAAAGCGAAGCGUUCCGGCUGGGACUGCCAUUGGUGGCCCGUCUGGCAAUGAUGAGGGCCAGAGCUUCGAUAUGUCCGUGACUGGUAUCUUCAAUACCGAGCUCAAUGAGUACAACAAGGAUGAUCACUCCAUCGACAUUGAGAACAAGCACGUCUACCCUGCUCCUGUCAUUCUGCACCCUCCCCCUCAUUUCCACGGCCCGGCUUCUGAGGCCUUCAACGCCCCCGAGGCUUUUGGAAAACGCUCCGCGCCACCUGGAGGUACGGCAAUUGGUGGCCCCUCUGGCAACGACGGUGGCCAGAGCUUCAGCGCUCCCACUACCAUCGAGACCACUGUUACUAUCAAUGAGCACAACGAGGAUGACCACUCUAUCGAACUCGAGCAUGAGGAUACCUACGCCCCCCGUCAUGGAUAUGGCUUUGUCCCCUUCCGUCGCUCUGAGAAGCAUGGUCCUUUUGGCUCCGGCGGCGUUCCGCCUCUUGGUCACUUCGAGUCUCAUCCUGAGUUCCACUCUGAGCCGCACGUUGAGAACCACCCGGAGCCUCAUUACAGCCCCAGCUAUGAAUCUAACUACGAGCCUCACACUUCACUCGAGUAUGAGCUCACUUCCAUAAAGAACAACAACAAUGGCCCUGCCGCUGGGAGCAUCUCGGUUGGCCGACGUGCGUACGCUCCUACCCCGGACGACGGCGAUGAGAACGAGGAUAAUGGGGACAACCAGGGCGUUGAAAACGAUUCUACUGACCCCUCCGUUGCUGAGGAGGACGAGGUUGAGUCUCCCCAGUGCUCUGCCCAGGUGCAUGAGGUUGUCCACACCGUGACCAAGACCCUGUAUAAGACUGCUGAGGCGACACAUGUGGCCUACCAGUCGGCUCCUGUCAUGGAGGCCAGCGCCACCCCUUUCCAUGCCCCUCAGCAGCCAGCCGGGGCUGACCCCAUGAUGAAUCCCUACGGCGCCUCGGCCCCCGCCGCCGGUACCAGCGCUGUUUAUGCUCAUUCCCCGCAGCAGUCUGCUGGGGCAGAUGCCAUGAUGCGCCCCGCUGCCGCCUCUUCCCCCGCUGAUAGCACCAGCGCUGGCUAUGAUCACUCCCCCCAGCAGCUCGCCGGGGCUGAUCCCAUGAUGCGCCCCGCCGGCGCCUCUGCCUCUGCCCCCUACAACCAUGUUUCCCAUCGUCCUAUGAGCCAUGCUCCCGCAUACUCCAUGAUCGCCGUGAAUGUGCCUCAGGCAACCCCGGCCUCAUCUGCAGCUUACUCAAAUGCUACACCAGAUAAUGUCCAUGGCAAGAUGAUGCCCGGUGGACUCCCCGCCGAGCAGAGCGCGUCUCCUUCUGCAUCCGCCUCUGCUUCUGUCUCUCACGGAACCAUGAUGUUCGAGGGCAACGCUGCCCGCCUCUCCGGGGGAUUUGUCUCCGCCGCCGCCGCCGUUAUGGGUGUCCUUGCCUUCAUCCUUUAG